UGCCAAUUUUCUGGAGCCGCAAAUGAAGAGUAAGUUUUUGACGAAAGUCCUUUACUCGCUAAAGUACCAGGUGCUUUGGUUUCUUCAAGGAAACGCCAGUUAUCCUGGGAAGGGCUUUGGGCAGAAAUUACCGAAGAACAUGAAUGCAGGGAUGGAGAAGAGUAUCCUCGCAUUACAAACUGUAGUCUCUUCACUGGUACAGCCUACACUUCAACGGAACCAGUUAGAGCACGCAUUUGCGAUCAUUAAUACAUUUGGCAUAAAUUUUUUUCAAUGGUUACAAGAAUCGUUGCCGACUGACUGCAAAAAUCUUGAAACUUAUGCACCGAGUGUGUUUGGACUUGCGGUAACGCUAUUGGUGGCCGACUCCCCGUUACGGGAUUCUGUGUUUUGCCUACUUUGCAAACUUCCUUUAGGCAGCCCUGUACAUCGUAAUUUUUUUUCUGUGAUUGUAACGGCGUGCUCUUCGAUGUGGGAUGGACGAAAAGGACCUCUUUUGUCUCAGAAAUAUUGCGGUAAGGCAACCUCAUCUUUUGCACGAUCCUUUGCAAGUUAUGAUGCUCCUCUCAGUUCUUUGAGCAAUACAUGGAGGAACGAUUGUGCUACCUUGGAGCUGAAGAAUAUGGGGAGCGUCAUUUAUUAUGCCCUGGCCUAUCUUUACAGGGAUGGAACAUUUGGUUAUUUCUUUGAUUCCACGGUGCGGUCAAAGGCAUAUGAUUUGCUUGUGUUGCUUUGCGGGGAAGCCCCUGCUGAACCCAUGGCAGAUCCGCUAGAUGAUUGGCUGUGCUUGCUUUUGAAGGCAUGUCGACAAGGUGGUGGAGAAGUGGAGUCAGACAAUAGACUUGUACAGAGUCUUUUUGUCAUGGCGAGUGAAGAUAUUUUAUCAGUGGGACGCAAGUCAUCUAGUGCAAUUGAAAGGCAGCGCAUAGCCUUGAGUCUGCUCUCGUUCUUCUUGCGUCGAGUGAGACCAACAGAGUCCAAUCUGCGCACUGUGCUCCGGGUUACACAAGCAUGCCGAAAUACGAGCUCGGAGCUUGCUCUCGCUACCCUAUGGGGUGGAUGGAUUGCGUACGAGGGACGAGAAAGGGAACGUUUUACUUCACUCCUGGUGCUAUCCUCCAUGGACUUAGCAGACAAGCGUGUGGUAACGCAAUACAUUGACAUUUACAUCAAUCAUGAAAUGGCAA